AUGACAAAGGGAACGUCAUCCUUUGGAAAGCGUUCCAAUAAGAAGCACAGGCUGUGCAGCCACUGUGGCUCCAACUCCCACCACCUUCAGAAGUCGAUUUGUGACAAAUGUGUCAAGCAAAAGAGAAAGUAUAACUGGAGUGCCAAGGCUAAGAGACAAAACACAACCGGGAUUGGUCGCAUGAGGAGCCUAAAGAUUGUCUAUUACAGAGUCAGACAUGGAUUCCGUGAAGGAACAACGCCUAAGCCAAAGAGGGCAGCUGUUGCAGCAUCCAGUUCAUCUUGA